AUGUUUGGCUCCCGAAGGCACCGUCCACCGAAUCCGCCCCUGACAGCAGCAACCGCGAAUCCCAAUGCUGCGACCGCUGCCGCAGCAGUCUUCAAACGCCAUGAGUCGAAUCCUUCCCUCCCGGCUGCCGCCGCCGCCGCCGCCCUCCGCGCACGACCAACGACGCCGACCCGGGUAGCCGACGUGCAGACAAAACGGACAGUGCGCCGGAGCGCGUCUGUCGCCUCAACAGAUUUGCCGCCUGUUCCUGCAUUGCCUCAGAAUCUGGAUGCGACCUCUCGACAGACCGGCCGAGGCGCCCAACAAGACGUUCAGCAUCGGAAAACCAACAGCCUAAGUUUGGUAGGCAGCCCUGUGCGCCUCGCGUCGCAGAAACUCGCUUCGGGUGAGACACCAACCUGGUUCGGCGCCGCGAAAUUGGGAGAUCUGGGAAGCGUCCGGAGAACGGAUCCGGCAAUGGCUAGCCCCCCGUCAAGUCCGCUGCAGUCAGUAGCAGGACAGGAGGAUCCGCCGGACGGAGCAAGGCCAGGUAGCCAGGCUUCGUCCAUUAACUUCUCUUACCCGACGCGGGCGAGGUGCAGCUCCGCCGCAAGUGCCCUUCCGCCCAUCGAUUCCUCCUCAGCGCCUCAAACAUCAACCAAAACAAGCCAGACGCGACCAUCAACUGCGGACCAUCAUCCCACAACACGCGCAAAGCAGUACCCGAGGGGGCAAGUUGCGGUACCACCCGCGAGAAGACAAUCCGCCUCCAGUUCAUCCGACCAAGCCUUGGUGUAUGACCCGAAUUCCAGACGGAUGGUGCGACAAGCGGAUUUACGAUCGAUCCAGCAAGUUCAACAAGCAGUCCUCGACGCCUCGCAACCACUAGCAGGGCCCAAGAGAAAGAAGAGAACUCCACAAAGAGCUGGGUCGCAUCUGGCUGCGGGUACAAUGGGUCGCCCCAGGAGUGAAGCCCUAAAUACAGAUCCGCUGGCUAAGACUCAACCACCAAACCCGGUUCCAAGUCAAUCACACCCUGUUCAGCCAGUAGUCCUGAUGUCGCCAGCGCCGCCCCAUGAGACUCGACUGGAUGUGGAAGAACCUGGGGCCAAGGCAAUCAUGGCUUCGCUGGGAAAAGAAGCAAAAGAAAUCGGGCAACACAGCGCCCAAGCAACCGUGGAUCUCCCCCGGACCAACCACCUGACAGAUCGCACCCCGACCUCUACUGCAUCUGACGCGGCGCAGUUUAAGGUGAGAAGACAACCCUCUGUGAUUCGAGAAGGGCCAGAGCCGGAGGAUGCUCAGGACGAGAAAAAGACCCAAGCCGCCGUCUCAGAUGAUGCUGUAGACCCGGCAGUGGCGCGACGGAAAUUGCAGCCCGGUGUAUCCCCUGAUACUCGCACACCCGCAACGCCACCACAGAACAUAACCCUCCCAUCAAACCCUUCCUCGAAGGAUCCUACACCGGCUACCGUCGAUCAGAGGCCUGAAAUGGACCCAAUCGAUAUAUCAGAAUACUGGAAACUAAAUCCGAGCGCCGCGGAGCAUGGGAGAGCUGCGCAUAUCUCGCGGGAGCGAACCCAUUCGAGCAGCCCUGCUCGGCAAGCUCAUUUUGGCCCUAUUCUAGAUAGUUUAACGGUCAAACACUCCCCGCCGCCUCGGUCCAUCUCGCCGCGGAAGUCAGCCAUGAAGCGGACCAGUCCACCCUGCAGUGCAUCGCCCUCCGGCGACACAUCGGAAGCUUCCGGGAGUGCCACCCAGGAGGCCCCCGUAGCACGCAAGAAGUCUGUGCGCGUCAGUUUCGAGGACAACGGUGAUGGGGUGGUGGAAGAGCCGGCCUCUACCAAACAAAAUGACUCCCCGUCGGCCGCCAGCCCGCUACACACGAACCGCCACAGUUGGCUGCCUAGCCUUGGUCGCAGCCGAGAAGUGUCGUCGUUCGAUGAGGAUGCGGUAAUGAAACCACGGCCAGCCCUGCCAAGUUUUGGUAGCGUUAGAGAUAGGAAACCGCGGGAGAACAGCCCAAGCGAGCUUGAGCGGCCACUUGUUCGGCCUCGAGGAGAGACAAAACAGGUCUCGCCAUCGUCAUUGUUGCCUAGCCCUCCACUAGGCUCAAGUAACGACCACACCGUUGGCGCAGUUCUGUUGAACGAGCAUGACCGCUUAAAAGAAAUAGCCGUGAGUUCGGAAGAUGCAUCGGAACAGAGGGAACCGUUGCCCCCAAUUGUCACCACUGUCGAAGGCUCCGGCUACUUCAGUGACGGUUCCGAUAGCAGCUCCAUGCUCAGUUCCGAGUUCGAGCCGACCCAGCCGCCAUCGCCAGCACCAGUUGUGGAACCACGCCCAAGGCCGGUCGUAGAGCCACAAGCGGCGCUGCCCAAAGAGCCUGUCGAUAGCUCGGUUACAAGCCCACGCACUGAGACCGUUUCCCCCGAAGUCGCUGUCGAGCAUAGCACGGCUUCGGAGCCGCACAUUCCAGAGAUAUCCGUUUCACAGCCGACACCCAUUGUUGCAGAGGGCAAGGCGUCUGGACAAUAUUUCACCGAUGUCCCUGGCGCAUUUCCAGAUGACGAGUCAGACCAGUCUACCGCGCCGGAGGCCGAAAGGCUCGAACAGGCGACAACAAUCGCCAAACCGGUCGAGGUUACCAAGGGCACCUCGGACAAUGACCUUCCUCACCAGCCAGCCGCCCAGCCCACUGCCACAGAAAGCUCGAGCAAUUCCGAUAGCGAUAUUUACAGCGAUGCCUACGAAGAUCUCUCAGAGUUUGAAGGUGAUGGUUUCCAGUCACUUAACGCCGUCGUAGAAAGCCCGGUACAGCAAAGCCCCCGUCCAGCUACCCAAUCCGAAACGCCUUUUCGAGAACUUAUGGGCCAGACAACCAGUGAAGAAACCCCGAGAUCCCAAACAGAGAUAUCGUCCGCCACAACCGCCGUCGAACCACAACCAGUCGAGCUCACUCGGGACGACUGGGAGCAGGCGAAAGCUUACUGGAGGAGCCUCACGGCGGAGAAGCGAGCCCAACUCGAGAAAGAGACCAGGGAGGAGGCGGGCAUUGAAGGGGACAAGGACGAAGCGCAUCCCGAGAUUAAACCCAAGAAGAAGAAGACCGUUGAACGGAGGAAUUCCGAACGGAAAACGUUGGCCGACCACAUGCCGCAGCAGACGGCCGCACCACAGGUACAGGACAGGGUAAUGCAUCCAGACCGCAGCUACAUGAUUAAGCCGGGAGAGAAGUGGACUGGGGAAGAAGAGCUAGCCAUAUCGCCCAUGCGAAAGACUAUGCGCAGCGAACCGCAACAGCCAGCCCCGGUUGCCCCUAUCGCUGGGUCUCGGCUGAGGAAGUCAAUGCGGGCAAACGGUUCGGGGCCGAGCAAUGGCCAUGUUCCCCGUGCAGCGGAAACCCGAUCGGCAUCCCAGCGGCCGGAGUCAACCGCAGUGGCCAUUACCCCUACCAAAACCGGACCCCACAGGUCAGCAACGCAGGUGGAAGAGCGCGCCCGGCCUACCCCAAGGAGACGCGGUUCAACGGGCAGCGAGAGCAGCUUCAAACGGGCCCGGCCUACGAAAGCCCAAGGCCUCAGCUUCCGCCAUUCGAUGAGAUCGGCAUCUCCCCCGCGAACCCGAAACGAGAAUCAUUCCUCCAAAAGAUUCUCGCUGAGAACGCUUUCUCCCGCGGGUUCUGUCUCACCUUCGCGUGCUCAGAUGCGCACAACACUACGCGACUCAUCCGCUGGAAAAAAGGCACCCACCGGAAUCCGGAUGCCGAGCUUCGGCCUCUCGUAUGGCGGGGGGAAGAAGAGCGGCUCCAAUAUUUCAUCAAACAAGGCGCGCGGCUCCCGGUUCUCGAGCCGACUCGCUGACUCGAGCGACGAAGAAAAGGACAAGGAAGUCGAAUCCGGUUUCCAAAGCCGAUUCGAAGACUCGAGCGACGACGAGCCCGUCAUGCCGAUCCCAGCCUCCCUCCCCAAAUCCGCCUCCGCACCGUCCGCAAGUACCGGCUUGCCGGCGCACUCCCUAACGAAAGCGAGCUCGGUCGCGAGCACGGCCCUGCCCGAAGAACUCGAAGAAAGCGAAGCCUCCCAAGACCACCCCAACCAUCACGGACCGACGCCACAAACCCAACCCAACCCCUCCCCCAUCAACUCAACCCUCCGCCGCACCCGCUCAGGAAAAGGCCAACUGCCCCCCUCGCAAACGGCGCCCUCCCUCUCCCGUUUUCAACCCGCCACCACCGUCGACAACAUCACAACUGUCACCGAAGGCCGCCCCUCAAGACGCCACAGCAUCCUAUCGGUUCUGCGCCACCGCAAGAAAAACAGCAGCGGCGGCGGCGGCGGCGGAGCCGUCGGCAAGAUCGGUCGUGCCGAGGUCAGCGAGAGCGCCGCGCGCCGCGAUACCCGCCUAGAGCGCUCCGUGGGCCAGCUCGAGCGUAUUCGCAGCCGCAGGGGAGGCGCGGGGGAGCCGAAUGAAGAGGAUGAGGAGGGGGAGGAGGCGCUGCCAUCGCCGCAGUCGCCGCAGUCGCCCGGGAGGAGUCCACGGUUGCAGAAACGUGGCAGUAAUAACAGCCAUCAUCGCGCUUCUUCGUCUCCCACCUUUCCUCUUACCACUACUACUACUACUGCUGCUUUGACCACAACCCUCACCGCCGCCGCGCCCGACAUCAACAACAUGCUCAUGAGCGUCGCCGAAGAGGAUGGCGAUGGCCACUUCAACCCAGCGGCGACGCUGACCAGGCGCACGACGGCAUCGGGGAACCUCGGCACUCGCACGCUCGGCCGUAGGAGUAGCAGCGGCGAUGGUGGCGGUGGGUUCUUGCACCGGCGGAUGUCGGCUGUGAAUGGCAUGCCUUCUACUGCAGCUGGCGGUAGUGGUGGCGGGGUUGGGGGGGAUGUGGGUAGUGUUGAUGGGGGCUCCGUGGCGGAAGGGAGCCUGGCGGGGGCGUCGUCGACGACGAGGCGGAAGAGGUUUGGGACGUUGAGGAAGAUGUUCGGGUUGAAUGAAUGA